AUGCCUUGCAGUUUAAUUCUUAACAAUAACGGAGAUAAUGUUUUAGGAGGCGGAGAUUCCCUUAUGUAUAUUACCGCAAAAUCGAAUGUCUCCAAAGUGACAAUGAUUGUCGGAUUGAUUUACGUUCAUAGGUUAAAGAAAACUUUACCUAAAACAGCCCGUGGAGCCUUUGAUACCCCUUACAAGAUCUUUUUAUCGGCUAUCUUAGUAGCAAGUAAAUAUUUAAGUGAUCAUUCUCUUCAAAACAAGACCAUCGCAGAUAUCACAAGUGGUCUUUACACCGUUAAAGACGUAAAUACAAUGGAACGUUCUUUUCUUGGCCUGUUGAAAUAUAAUCUUUGGGUUGAUGCCGACGAUUUCAAAACUUUUUUGGAAGAACAUCAAGUUGAAUUGGAUGUUGAUUGGACCCGUGACGAUAUUUAA